AUGCACGCAGUAGAUUAUAGCAGAGUUUCAAAGCGAAUAGAAGAAAACGAAAAACAAGGCGAAAAUGUUAAAACUGUGGAUCAAAUUCUAGAUCAACAGACACAAACAGCAUUACUAAUAUCAGAAAUAAGAUUUCUUCGAAAUCAAAUCGUAAUUAUGAGGAAACUUUUCAACACUGAUCGAUCUAUCGAGGAUAUACCAAUUGAAUCUGAAAUUUCUGAGAGGAAUUCUUCAAAUUCAAGAAAGAAACCUGAACAGAAAUACAUUGAGAGAAAACACUUAGAAGCCGCGGUCAAGUCAUACCAAGAUACUCGAAAUCGUCAAGUCGAAGUUGUUAUAAAUGACAGCAAAAAAUCUUUUGCUGGAAAUUGA